ACACACCACCAGGGGGUUGUGGGAACUGCGGUUCCGGGAUGGUGGGCGGUGGUGGCGGCGGCGGCGGCGGCGGGCUCCUAGAGAAUGCUAACCCCCUCAUCUAUGAGCGAUCGGGGGAGCGGCCGGUGACGGCGGGUGAAGAAGAUGAGGAAGUGCCGGACAGCAUCGAUGCCCGGGAGAUCUUCGAUCUUAUUCGCUCCAUUAAUGACCCGGAGCAUCCACUGACACUGGAGGAAUUGAACGUAGUAGAGCAGGUUCGAAUUCAGGUUAGCGACCCGGAGAGCACAGUAGCAGUGGCCUUCACACCCACCAUCCCUCACUGCAGCAUGGCCACACUUAUAGGCCUUUCUAUCAAAGUCAAGCUUCUGCGAUCCCUUCCCCAGCGGUUCAAGAUGGAUGUGCACAUUACGCCGGGCACCCACGCCUCAGAGCAUGCAGUGAACAAACAACUUGCAGAUAAGGAGCGAGUGGCAGCUGCCCUGGAGAAUACCCACCUGCUAGAGGUCGUUAAUCAGUGUCUGUCUGCCCGCUCAUGAGCCUGGCUUUUGACCACCAGCCUGCACACAGAGGUCCUGGCUUCGGCUCCACAAAAGGCUUCUGGCUUUGUUUUCUUGAAUCACUGACAAGGAGAAACUUAACACUUUUUAUUUUGUAAUAAACCCUUAAUUUAUAUUCAUUUCCCAGCAUGCCUUA